UAGUACAGAGAGACUAUUGAACUGUAUAAAGCUGAGGACAAAUGCAGUAUAGCAAUCAGGAUAUGUACUCAGAAGCAAAAGAAACUGUAACCUCUAAGUUGAUUCAUGACUGGUUGACCUGCUGUUGCCUGUAUAACCUGCAGCUUUCAGUGACUAGAGUUUAUGGAUAGACUGAUCAACAGGGAACUGCACCUCUAAAUUCCCUUUCAGCCUUCAAACAGCAAGUAUGACAACUGCCACAAGACUUCUGGAUGAGCUGUGUCACUUAACGGCUCAGUCUCUAGAAUCACUGGAGCCUUUAGAUCACUUCCAAGUUAUUAAACUUCUUGGGGAGGGUUCAUACGGAAAAGUCAAGUUAGCAGUGCACAAGAAGAGAGGAACCCCAAUGGCCCUUAAAUUCUUUCUGCGAGACGACACAUCUCUACUGUCUUUUCUGAGGGAAUAUAACCUGUCUUUGGCCUUCUGCACCCACCCCUCACUUACCUCUGCUUUAGGCAUCGCAUUCUCCACUCCUACUCACUAUGUGUUCGCCCAGCAACCUUGCCUCUAUGGUGACCUCUAUGAUGUCAUCGUUCCUGAGGUUGGUCUGGAAGAGAGCCGUGCCCAGGGAGUGGCUUCCCAGAUCAGCGGUGCCCUCUCUCACCUCCAUUCUCUUGGCUUUGUCCAUCGUGAUGUCAAACCGGAGAAUAUCUUCCUAUGUGACCGUGAGUGUCGUUGGGUCAAGCUUGGUGACUUUGGCAUGGUGAAGGCUGCAGGCACCAGGGUACCAUGUGUGUGGUACUGCUCCCCUUACUGCACGCCUGAGGCUGAGAUGGCAAGAAAAAAUGAGGAGAAUCAUUUGGGCCACUUGGGGGUGGACAACAAUGGGAACAAGCAAAAAGGGGACUCUGGAAAGACUCAAAGAAUGUUGGUGUCUGUGGUUCCCAGUAUAGACAGCUGGGCGUUAGGCAUUCUAAUCUACGCCAUGCUCAUGGGGAGCCUUCCAUGGUCUGAGACCUUUUCAGACAACCCAGCAUAUAAAAGAUAUCUACAAUGGACCAAAUGGGAAGGUUCAGCAUCACAAGAGUCACGAGGGGGGUCAGAUCAGCCUGAAAACUUCAACCAGGUUGCACCGCAGUUUGCUGCGUUCAGCCCUAUUGCGGCUCGUCUUCUUAGGUCCUUGCUCCACCCACAGUCCAGGCUUCGUGGCAGGCCAGAUGAGGUGGAAAGGUAUCUGGGAGUAGCCUGGCUAUUGGACAAGGAUGUCAGUGGGUGAUUCAUCAAAGGAAGGACAGGACCGAAAUCAGUAGGUUGUCGUCAUCUGGUCAUUCACUCCAUGUGGGAACAAUGGUUAUCACUUUUUAGAAGUAGUUCUGAUGUUAACAGGCAGUUUUAAUCAAAAGCCUGCUGUUUAAUAUGCUACAUAGAAGCAUUAUUAGUUGAGAGUUUGUUUUCCCAACUGACCACAUUAUAUCUUAGCUGUAAACACUAAGAGCCAGAUUUACCAAACAGGGUAAAUUAGCAUGAGAGCGCAAUCCCAAGUGCAGAUGGGAGUGGAAAGUUCUGUGGUUAAUCUACUGACAAUGUGCACAUUAAAGAACACAGAUGCAGCCAGAUAAUUUACAUAAUGACCAAUGCAAUCUACCAAGAGCAUCACAAAUUAGCGUCGGGUUUAAGACAUGCUUUUUUGGGCAUUAAAUUACGGCACAGAUACCAGUAAAUUGACUAGCGCCAACCUUAGUAAAUCGCGUUGCGUGAUUCAUUUAAAUACUCUCCUCUCAUAACUUUUGUGCCUAAAUGAGAAACUCCUACCAAAAGAGGGUUUGCACUGGUGCAAGCUUUUAGUAAAUCUGGCCCUAAAGGUUUUGAUCUGGCCCUAAAUCAGAAGAGUCGUUAAGGGUUAUAGAACUGAAAAGGGGUACAAAAAGUGUUUCUAAAAACUUGGGCCUCUAUCCACAGUCCAGCAACAUUACUACACUCCAAAACAAUGUGCAUCCUACAAAGAUCAAUGCUAUACCAUGGAAUCCUUUCCAAAAAUAUUAGAGUGACAGCCAAAGAUCUGCAGGCAUCUUAAUAACAUCUGUGUUUAUAAGUCUAGAUAAAUAUUGCUGCCAUCUCCACUUUCCAAAGUCCAACUGGACUUCUCGGAAAGGAAAAAAAGAAAGGAAAAAAAAGUAAGGCAGGACUUGAUCUUGUCCAUCGGGAAUUGGUUGGAUCGUUCUUUGCUGCAAUCUCAUGUGAGUGGCACGUUGCUGGAAGGAAUGGAUUACUGCCUUAGUGCUGGUGCACGCAUCAGAGAAAAGAUGUUGUCGUGAGAGGAAGUUAAUGUUUUUGAUUAAGGAUUACGAGGGCAGAUUUAUAAUAAAUGUUAAAAUAUUUUAUCCUGGACCUCCCCACAUGCAUAAUGAAGCAGGAUCCCAUAGGGGUUUAUGGUGGAACUGCAGGGAACUUGUGGUAGAAAUGAUAGAAGUGUUAAUGUCAAAUUAAUCAAAAUAAAGGAUUCAAAAUUUAACAGUUUGCUCUGUCUACCAUACAAAAAUGAAUUAUUAAACAUCUAUUUUCAGCAACAUUUUGAACUGUAACUAUGUUUAUAUAUAUCUUGUAUAUUUGCUUAAUGUCGUAAAGAUUGGAAUGUUCACUCCUGUCUUAAAAUCAUAUUUAUGCUUUUAACAAUCUACAGUAUGCUCAUGAAAUGUCAUCUUCACGUGGAGCACUUGUGAGCGCAAGAGUAAGAAGAAGCACACCUCUCAAAUUUCAGCAGAAGACACACAAACACUCAGACACUAUGUGCCCUAGAUUUAAAAAUAACCCACACCACAUUAAUAAAACUCUUGUCAGCCAUCAUCACCUCUGUCAGACGCACACUUGAAAUCGCAUACACACGCAUGGGCAAACACACACAGUCUUCACCGAUCUUUAAGUGUCUCGCACUUCUGCAUUUAAGCAUGUCCCUUCAUUCAUCAACACUGUACACACAUACACACACACAAAGUGUGAAGUUACAUGUAACGGAUAGGUCU